GCCAAAACUAGCUGUCAACAUGUUCGCUAAGGUCAUCAUUUUCUGCGCUGCUCUCGCAGCUGUCCAAGGUUCAGCCCUCAUUGCUGCUCCACUUGUCAAUACGGGUGUCAGCGUGGAAUCCAGGCAACAAGAUUCUUUGGGUAACUAUGCUUAUGCCUACGACAUCAAGGACGGAUUAAGUGGUUCAGUCAACUCCAAGGCUGAAGUAGGAAGAGCAGUUGCUGUCGCAGCUCCAGUUGUUGCUGCUCCAGUUUACGCUGCCCCAACAAUCGCCGCUCCUUUGGCCUACGCCGCCCCUGCAAUUGCCGUUCCAGUAGCUUACGGUGGUGUUCUCGGACAUGCUGGUGUGCAUGGUCUUCGAUACGGAGUCGGUCUCAGAUAUGGAGCAGGCGUCUUGGGUGUUGGAUAUGGCAAAGUUUUGCUUUAA